AUGAGCGAGAGACAAGGAACCGGAGCUACAAAUGGAAAAGACAAGACAUCUGGUGAGAAUGAUGGGCAGAAGAAGGUUCAAGAGGAAUUUGACAUAGACAUGGAUGCACCAGAGACAGAGCGGGCGGCUGUGGCGAUACAGUCCCAGUUCAGAAAAUUCCAGAAGAAAAAAGCGGGGUCCCAGUCUUAGUAGCUACCUCAGAGCUUAAAACAAAGUAAUCCUGAAAUGAUUUAUCAAGAAAAUCAGAAGUAACAUAAAGAUGCAUGUACAGAAAUUAUCAAUAUUUAAAACCCCAUUGGCAGAUAACAAACCCUGAGCUUGUGUGUGACUUCAUCCCAGAUGUUUCACGCCCAUUAUCCUCUGUAACUCACCAUUUUACUUGAUGUUGUAAUAAAAAGUUAGGGUGAAGUAAUUAAAGUGUCUGCCUUCAUCUGUCUUUUCAUAUUAAUCCAGCAACCACAGCGUUACAAAUGAACUCAGCCCAGAUGCCUGUUUUCCUCUUCACGUAAAGCUUGGAGACAUAAGAGCACCGUAUGUUACGAGGUUUUUGCUGAGAGAUGAGAGCAUGCAUCUCAGCCCUGCUUACCUCAUUUGGAGAAUUCCAGCUGCCAGCCAAAUGUGGCAGUAAAAUUACUUUCUCAUAAUGAGCUGAAAGUAAAAACUUGCAGACAGAAGCUGUCAUGAGGGGAAGAGGUGUAGGAAGCAGUGAGCAGUUUAUUUUUGUCUUGCAAUUAUGCCAAUAAAGUGGCUUAAGUGGGGAAAUUGUCCCUGUCCUUCCUCUUUGCAUGAUAAUGUUCAGAAUUACCCAGCUUGGACCACAUUGACUGUUAUGGGGGGGGGGGGGAAAUCAGACACAAAAUAC